AGUGGCGGCGGCAGUGCCAUGGCCAAAGGACUCCGCCGGGAGAGGUCCUCGAGGGGGGUUUGUCCCCGGCCCGAAGCUCCCUGAUCCGGCUUCCGAGGCUGGGUCCGGGCUGAGGGCUGAGUGCGUCCGUCCCUACCCGUCCAGGUGAAUGUAAGAAGUGAUGACGCACCCAGUGCUGCCCGAGGCUUGAGCCCAACGUGAAGAACCACAUUUGGAAAAAUCCUUCCUAUGUCUGCAGUAUCAGCUUGGAUUACUCAGGUUACUCAGGGUUGGGGAAUCUUCAGCAGUGUUAAAUAUAUUACCAUCAACUUAUGGGAUGGCUUCUUUGCAAAGGAAAGGGCUGCAGGCAAGAAUUCUCAGCGCUGAAGAAGAGGAGAAAUUGAAAAGAGACCAGGCUUUAAUGUCUGAUUUUAAACAGCAAAAACUGGAAAAAGAGGCUCAGAAGAACUGGGACCUUUUUUACAAAAGAAAUAGCACUAACUUCUUCAAAGAUAGACACUGGACCACCAGAGAGUUUGAGGAACUCAGAUCAUGUAGAGAGUUUGAAGAUCAAAAAUUGACUGUGCUUGAAGCUGGCUGUGGUGUUGGGAACUGUUUAUUCCCGCUUUUAGAAGAAGAUCUGAAUAUCUUUGCCUAUGCCUGUGACUUUUCUCCAAGAGCAGUUGAGUAUGUCAAGCAAAAUCCUUUAUAUGACACAGAAAGAUGCAAGGUGUUCCAGUGUGAUCUAACCAAAGAUGACCUUCUGGAACAUGUGCCCCCAGAGUCCGUGGAUGUUGUCAUGUUGAUAUUUGUCCUCUCUGCUGUUCACCCUGAUAAGAUGCACCUUGUCUUACAAAACAUUUACCAGGUAUUAAAACCAGGCAAAAGUGUCUUGUUUCGUGACUAUGGGCUGUAUGAUCAUGCCAUGCUUAGGUUUAAAGCUGGCAGCAAACUUGGAGAAAACUUUUAUGCUAGACAAGAUGGAACCAGAUCGUAUUUUUUUACUGAUGAAUUCCUGGCUCAGCUCUUUAUGGACACAGGUUACGAAGAAGUGGUGAAUGAAUAUGUGUUUCGUGAGACGGUGAAUAAAAAAGAAGGCCUGUGUGUGCCGAGGGUUUUUCUUCAGAGCAAAUUCCGAAAGUGUCCUAAGAACCCAACACCCUUGACCCUGGGCCUGGGUCACAAGUCCUGACCUUUCACAAGGUUGACAUUUGUGCCUCCCCUUGAAGAGGAAAGUUUGAAGUAACUCUAUUUUGUAUAUUUUUAUAUUUUAACUUUUUAAAAAUGAGCAUAUAUAAUUUUUAUAUGGAAAGGUAGCAAGUGUGUGUGUAUAUUACAACAAUGCAAAUAAAAUUUCCAGGCCUGAAAAGUAAAGAAAGUUUGAUGGUAUAAUGUAGGGCAGCCAGGCUGUCUGACUGAAAUUCCACGAAGGGAAAAGCAUAAGCGCUUAAAGAGAUUCUUGCCGUCACUACUGCGAGUCUGUAAGUGUGCCCCCAGGCAGCAUGUCAGGCAGGCCUGUGGAAAAAUGAGGCCAAAUAGACUGAAAUAACACAUCCAGAUGUAUUUUUAGCCUGAAGGAUUGUUCUCUUUUUCCAGUGUCUCCUAUUUGCCCGUUUUUCUCCGCUUCAGUUCAUUUAUGUGCCUCUUCAAGACCAGUGUUUCACAAAUACAGCUUUUGCUAUGACUCGAGAACCCA